AUGUUGGAUGAAAACAACCAUCUCAUUCAGUGUAUAAUGGACUAUCAGAAUAAAGGGAAGACCUCCGAGUGUUCUCAGUACCAGCAGAUGCUGCACACGAACUUGGUCUACCUGGCCACGAUCGCAGACUCGAACCAAAACAUGCAGUCUCUGCUGCCCGCGCCACCCACCCAGAAUCUGCCUCUGGGCCCGGGCGGCAUGAACCCGAGCGGCGCCCCGCCCCCGCCGCGCGCCCACAACAUGCCUUCAGAUGGGAUGGUCGGCGGGGGGCCCCCUGCGCCCCACAUGCAGAACCAGAUGAACGGCCAGAUGCCGGGGCCCAACCACAUGCCCAUGCAGGGGCCUGGGCCCAGCCAGCUCAACCUGACCAGCAGCUCCAUGAGCAUGCCCGCCAGCAGCCACGGCUCCAUGGGCGGCUACAGCCACGCCGUGCCGUCCUCCCAGAGCGUGCCCGUGCAGAGCCAGAUGACCAUGAGCCAGGGCCAGCCCAUGGGGAACUACGGCCCCCGACCAAACAUGAACAUGCAGCCCAACCAAGGUCCAAUGAUGCACCAGCAGCCUCCUUCCCAGCAGUACAACAUGCCCCAGGGUGGUGGGCAGCACUACCAGGGCCAGCAGCCGCCCAUGGGGAUGAUGGGCCAGGUCAGCCAAGGCAGUCACAUGAUGGGCCAGAGGCAGAUGCCGCCCUACAGACCGCCCCAGCAGGGUCCGCCCCAGCAGUACUCGGGCCAGGAGGACUAUUACGCGGACCAGUACAGCCACGGCGGACAGGGGCCUCCGGAAGGCAUGAGCCAGCAGUAUUACCCCGAUGGUCAUAAUGAUCACGGUUAUCAGCAACCGUCGUAUCCUGAGCAAGGCUACGAUAGGCCUUACGAGGAUUCCUCACAACAUUACUACGAAGGAGGAGGCUCGCAGUACGGCCAGCAGCAGGAGGCCUACCAGGGCCCGCCGCCCCCGCAGGGCUACGCGCCGCAGCAGCAGUACCCGGGCCAGCAGGGCUACGCCGGCCAGCAGCAGGCCUACGGUCCUUCCCAGGGCGGGCCAGGCCCUCAGUACCCGAACUACCCGCAGGGUCAAGGGCAGCAGUACGGGGGGUACAGGCCGACGCAGCCCGGACCACCUCAGCCCCCGCAGCAGAGGCCCUACGGAUACGACCAGGGACAGUAUGGAAAUUACCAGCAGUGAAAGUUCUCCCAUUCCCGUGGCCAGCGCCUGCCAGCAGCCACACCCACGCAGCCCCGUGGACCCUCCGGGAAGAGCCCUUCCAUUGCACCCCGUUUUUGGAGAAGCCUUGGGCUCAGGGGCCGUGUCACCAGUUGGCGGCCGUGUGGCUUAGUUGCGUAAAAGCCUUUAGUAGCUCAAAAAUACUCUUCAAUUCCCCAUUUCUACUCUAGAUGGCAACAUUGGACAGAAAAUAGGCCGCCACCAAUUGCAGUGGUUCCGGGACUGUUUCAGAUGGACUGUUACAGGCUGGGGGUGCGAGCAGCUUCGUAUGUUUUGCAGGUUAAGGGAAUUUAAUACUUUUCCACAGACGCUUUUGUAAGGGGGAGGGAAAUGUACACUUUCUACAGUUAGCAAUAUUUUGUAUAUUAUGUUUAUUUCAUGUGGUGAACAUGCAGGCGGUACACUACGCGUGGGGCAGAGUCCGCAGUCCUGCUCCUGAGGGUGGGGCAUGUGGGCGCUUCAUUGUGUGGGUCUCAGUGGUGAGGCUGCAAGUCCCGGGGGAAGGCCGGCCCGCCCGCCCGCCGUGGGUAUCCUCGAGGAAGUCGGACCCCUUACCUGCUAGCUAAUCAAGGGAUGUAGUUUUGAGUAAAAAGACGUUUUUAAAGCUUUCCAGUUUUGUGGAUUAAAACCUUUUUAUAAAGAUCACUUAUAAUACAGUUUUAAAAUGUGAGGUAAUAAGAAUUCAUGUGGGACCUGAAGAAUCUUGGUAAUAGUUUCAAGUAAAUGGAAUGGAAUCCUCUCCUAAACCAGCAGUGAGUGGGAGUGGAGUGUUAGUUACCUUGUCAAUCAGGGAAGUUAGUGAAAGCAAAGCAUUUUAUAAACGAGAUCAAAGAGGGGUCAGCAUUGAUUCGGUCAUUUUAACAUCAGGUCAGUUGGUUUAUAUACUAGAAUAGUUCAAGAGACUUACAAACCUUUAUUUCAGCUUUUUGAACUGGAAAUAAUACCAUUUAUAAAGGGACACUUGAUUCUCCCCUUUCUUAUGUUGGUUAAUAUAACACAGAAAGGUGUGGAGGAAAAUGCUUGCUGGUGAGGCUGGUUAGGAUCUGGAUUGGAAGUGUAGAGGGUGCGUCCAGCUCACGUUGCCCGCUCGCCUGGCAUAGCUCGCAGAUGGAGACGCCGGUGCCUGGUUGUUGAGCUCAGUGCAGGGAUAGCGCAUUAGGCAGGAGUCACGCAUCGAGAGGUUUAAAACGAGUUAUUUCAGCCAAUCUGAACGCAUCCAGCCCAAAGGUAAGUUGCUAUUUCCACCACGGUUGCCCCUGCCCAGGGAACAAGAUGUAUUCUUGACCAUAGAAUUGGUUUUCCCACUUCCAACGGGAAGCGAAACGGAGGGAGGGCCGCUCAUUUGACUGAAGCGGAACCUACUGUUCCGCACACUGUGGUCCGAGAAGGGACACCGGUGUCUCCGAGUACGAGUGUGCGUGUGGGUUCAGGUCAGGGCAGGUCUUAUUCUCGGCGAGGCCAGUAGGAAGUGGACAUCGAGUCUGAGCGAGACGGCGCGGACGGCCUGCCGGGUUGGGAUGCGCGCGGUUCUGUGCCGGUUUCCACCACUGUGUACUUGGUUGCUAUUUAAAACUGUACCAGCUCUAACGGAGGAAUAAAUUAUUUGUGAUUUUAA